AAUGUCAAAAUAUAACCUCCAAAAAAUGUGUUAAUACGUAAAUACGCGUCGUAUAGGGCGAUUUAUAUUUAAUAUAUAUAGAAACAAAUAAAUAAAGUGCUUAACAAUGGGAAAACACGAGGUGGGAACACCGAAAUAUAUUGCUAAUAAAAUAAAAGCAAAAGGACUGCAAAAAUUACGAUGGUAUUGUGAAAUGUGUCAAAAACAAUGUCGCGAUGAAAAUGGUUUUAAAUGUCAUACUAUGUCUGAAUCACAUCAUCGACAACUUCUUCUAUUUGCCGAUAAUGCGAAUAAAUAUAUUAAUCAAUUUUCUAAAGAAUUUAGUCAAACGUUUUUAGAAUUAUUGAAACGACAAUUUGGCACAAAACGAGUGCCUGCUAAUCGUGUUUAUCAAGAAUACAUUGCUGAUAGGGGUCAUGUGCAUAUGAAUGCAACAAUGUGGCUUACAUUAACGGGAUUUGUCAAAUGGCUUGGACGUUCUGGAAAAUGUGUUGUCGAUGAAACAGAAAAAGGAUGGUUUAUUACAUACGUCGAUCGCGAUCCAGAAGCAAUAGCGUCUCAGGAGAAACAAGCAAAAAAGGAGAAAAUGGAUCGAAAUGAAGAGGAGCGAAUGAUGGCAUUUAUUGAGAAACAAGUUGUGACAGGUAGACAGAACAUAUCCGAAGAGACAAACGAUGAAUUAACGCCAUUAAUAAGAACCGAAGACGAGCCUUUAGUAUUAAAUAUGAAAUUGAAACCAAAACUUUUACCCGCGACAUUAAUAAAACAUGGAAUUCUCGGAAAACGAAAAGAACCAAGUGAAAAUGAACCAAUCAGUGAAAUUGACAAUGAAUCAAAUUCUUCGAAAAUAAUGAAAAGAGAAAAAAGUCCUUCAAUUGAAUCGAUUAUUGAUGAUAAUGUUAAAUGUUCAACGUCAAAAAGAAAAAGUAAUGUUGAGAGUGAAAAAAAGCAUAAAGGCUGGUUACGCAAUGGUUUAAUUGUGAAAAUUAUGACAAAAAAAAUUGGCGAAAAAUAUUAUAAAGCAAAAGGUGUUAUAAUGGAAAUUGUUGACGAUUCAUUUUACGUGGGAAAAAUUAAAAUUAAUUCACCCGAAAAUGUUGAGGGUCAUAUUUUAAAAAUUGAUCAGGAACAUCUUGAAACAGUGAUACCGGCAAUUGGACGAGAAGUUAUUAUUCUUAAGGGAAAACAUAUCGGUGAAAUUGUUACAAUAAAAAAAGUGAGAAUUGAAGAUUUUUGCGUUGACAUUGAAUUAAAAACGGGCAGUGUUUUAAAGAGAAUUCCAUACGAAGAAAUUUGUAAAUUCGACAAGUGUUAAUGAUGUCAAUAAAUUUUUAUAUUAUUAUUUUCAAAUAAUAAAAAUAUUGUAAAUACAUAAUAAUUUAUGUAAUAAUAAUAUCAAUUUCGUAUAAA